AUGAGGGAUAGGGAGGAGCUGCACUCUUCAUGUUCCCGGGAGCAGUUAACUGCUUGUGUUCAUGCGUCAGCUGCAUUGUUAUAUCCAAUGUAUUGGCAACACAUUUACAUCCCAGUACUUCCUCCACAUCUUCUGGACUAUUGCUGUGCACCAAUGCCUUAUCUAAUUGGCGUCCACUUCAGCUUGAUAGAGAGAGUAAAAAAUAAAUCACUGGAGGAUGUGGUUUUGCUAAAUGUUGACACAAACACUCUAGAAACCCCUUUUAAUGACUUGAACAACCUACCUGGUGAAGUGGUCUCGGCCUUGAAAAAUAAACUGAAAAAGCAGUCUACAGCUACGGGUGAUGGAGUAGCCAGGGCCUUUCUUCGGGCACAGGCAGCACUGUUUGGAUCCUACAGAGAUGCACUAAGAUACAAACCAGGAGAGCCUAUAACUUUCUGUGAGAAUAGCUUUGUGAAGCAUCGUUCCAGUACUACUAAGCAGUUCCUGGAAACUGCUGUUAAUCUUCAGCUGUUUAAACAGUUUAUUGAUGGUCGGCUGUCAAAAUUAAAUGCAGGAAGAGGAUUCUCUGAUGUUUUUGAAGAAGAAAUUACAGCAGGAGGCUUUUGUGGAGGAAAUUCAAGGUCUUAUCAGCAGUGGAUGCAUACAGUGAAGAAAGGCAGUGCACUGAUCAACACAGCAAUGACCAAAGCCACGCCGGCUGUGAAAACGGCGUAUAAAUUUGCAAAAAAUCAAGCAAGGCAAGGAAUUAAAGAAGUGAAGAGUAAGUUAAAACACAAGGAGAGUGAGGAAGAGCAUGGCACUUGCAGUGCUGGUGCAGUACAGACUGCUCCUGUCUACACAUUGCAUUGCGAGAAAAGAGCAAACUCAGAAAAACGACGACUGGCACAGACUCGUUUCAACCAGCGUCUCAGUAACCAGGAUUUUGCCAUGGAUGAAGAUGAUGAUGAUGAAAUGGAGAGAACAAGCAAGUUAUCAUCAGAAGACAGUGAAGAAGCUUCUGCUUAUUUUUAUGAUAGUGAUGACUCUGGUGAAACUGGAAUAACUCCUCAGCACCAAGGAGAAAUGGACUUGCUUGGGGAGAUCUUGGACACACUGAGCACACACAGUUCAGAUCAAGGAAAGCUCUCGGGAGCAAAGAGCCUGGAUUUCUUUAGGUCAAUGGAUGACAUCGAUUACAAGACUGCGAACAAGUCAAAUGCACCCAGUGAGAGCAACCUUACGCUGCUCUGCAGCAGUGCUAAUGAUCAAGCAGAGUGGAACCUUGGUCAGGAUGACAGUGUCCUCCAUGGGAAGCAGCUCCCUCCAUCGCCAAGGAAGCAAGUUUCUUCUGCUGGCCAUAGAGAAUCUCUCUCAAGGCUGGAAGAAGAAAGUAGUGACAAAACCUUUAUUACUGAUGACAUGGACACCGCUAGUAUAGCAUCCCCGUCUCCAGUACGAUCAAGUGCCUGGUUUGCUUCUCAAGAAGGUUUCAAAGCAGGCUAUUCUUCCUAUAAGUAUGCAAAGCAGAACGAAACACUAAGCAAUACCUCACAAGAUCAGCUCCCAGCAAGUCUUGCUCAACAUCCAUCCAUUCUGGUCCCUUGGGAGAAAGAUGGGAAGGAAGGAAAUGAAACUCCGGAGGAGGGUGGGCUUCUUCAAGAAGUGGUGUCAUUAUGUAAACUGAGUUCUGCUUUUCACUAUGGUUUAAAUAUUUCAAAGGAUAGCUUAUCCAGCAGUAGCAGUGGAAACAAAACAUGA